GAAGUAUUCUGCUUCGGCACUGGCAAUGCUUGUGCUCUCGAGGUAUCUAGCUGCUGGUGGGAUGACUAUCGCGGGCAAUCCGAUCUACUCCAAGUUCGGUGUCCCGUAUACAUUGUCGACCCUCGGAGCCAUCAGUGCAGUCAUGGCAAUCAUUCCCUAUCUCUUCUAUAUCCACGGGCAACGCAUUAGUAACGCUAGUAAGCAUGCUGUGGUUCGUGACUAAAUUGAAGGGGCAUUUGGAUGAGGUAGCCGGAAAUUUCCGUCGUGGCCUAAGAGCUUUUCAAAUGCUCGUUGUUUCAUAAUUGUUGAAAAUUGGGCCGGGCUUCGUUUGGGUGCGUAAGUUGGCGGAAGGUUCUUGAGUGUGUUGAUAGGUUGAUGCCAAAAAGUUCUCGGUCUUCGAAAUAUAGAUUUUUUCUCCUAGAUAUAAGGAUUGUAAAUAUUCAACUGUGAGCUAAUUUGAAAUCAUAGUGGUGGAUUUAACGCGUUCUAUGCACCAGAGGACCGUGCAUCAGGUGGUAAACUACCGCCGGAGCAGCACACACAGGCUGGCCAAUUAGGAACGGAUCCGAGGUGGCUUUCCACCAGUGUCCACCACCGGCAUCGGAUUCACACCAUUACCAUCCCCCAUAAGAAGGAUGCAGUCCACCAUUCGUUACUUUCAACAAUGCAUUGGCAGCCGUAUCCGUCAAAAUGACCACCGGAACCUUCACAUACAUCGACCCUUCGUCUGUUUUGGCUUCAACCAGCGGUUCAGUCAAGCCUUGGAACAAAGUUGAUGUCCAUAAGACCUCAUUCAGAACCAUGGAUUGCGAGCGAACUGUUACCAAUAUUCGUCUGGAAUGUGGCGUAUCGGCGGUCAGCUUGGAUUCGACGGGGUUCGCGCUCGUCAACCAUCCCGUUCGAGAGGAAUAUUUCAAUGAUGACAGUGCGGUGCGAGGGGGAUAUUAUGCAGAUGUUGAAAUCCUUCUGCGCGGAAACCUCCCAGGGAUCAAAAAAAUCACCAUUUUUGAUCACACGAUCCGCCGGCGUGAAACGACAAGCCCACGCCAGCCCGUGAGACUGGUCCAUGUUGACCAGACGCCAGCUGCCGCAGAGGCAAGGGUUCGACGCCACAUUUCAGACGAGAAAGAGGCACUAGAGCUCUUAAAAGGUCGAUACCAACUCAUCAACGUCUGGCGGCCAAUAGGCCAUAAUGCCUCUGACUUUCCUCUCGCUGUCCUCGACUGGCGGUCUACUCUGCCGCAAGACUUCGUCAAAGUCGACUUGAUGUAUCCAAAGCAAAGCGAAACCUCAUCAACUGAAGUUCUCGCAGAUAAAGAGUCAAUCGAUUCGAUUGAAGGAUACGAGCGUCGCGGAGAGCAGUACGUGCUUACACCAAAUGACGAGCAAAAGUGGUGCUAUGCAAAGGAUAUGACUCCCGACGAGGCACUUCUAAUCAAGUGUUUUGAUUCCAGGGGUCAAUAUGAACCUUGCGGCAUAGUUGGAGUGGCGAGCUCGGCACCACACACGGCUUUCAAAGAUCCCGAAACUCCUAGUGAUGCAAAACCACGACAGAGUAUUGAGGUACGAUGUCUAGUAUUCUAUGAGUAA